CAAUUCUAUGUAUAACAGCUUGUUUGGAUACAAUUUCAAAAGAAAUGGAAAUGGAAAUAAAAUUUCAUUUUUUAUUUUUAUAGAAUUCCAUUUCCAAUUCUAGUGUUUGGUAUAAUUCCUACAUCUAUGGAAAUGAAUUGCACUUUUAAGCAUAAUAAAUAAUGUAAUAUGUUUGUUUUAUUUUGGGUAAUGAAAUAUGAAUGAGAAAGAAAGAGAGUAAAAUGAUAGUGGCAGUGGGUCAAUAAAAUAAUAAAAAAGUAUUGAUGGAUCCCACUAAUUCCAUCUUCAUUCUCUCAAUUCCUAUCAUUUUUAUAGGAAUUGUAAUUCCCAAAUUUUAGAUCUAAUGGAAUUCAAUUCUCAACCUUUUUAUUAUUCCAAACAUAAAAUAUGAAAAUGGAAUUUGAAUUCCAAUUCCUUACUUUUUUGUCAAUCCAAACAUGCUGUAAGUAUUUUGGUGAUAUAAAAACGUAAAAACGUAACUUUUAAGUUUUAGGCAAAAUCUACAUCUAUCUACACAAUAAAUAAAAGCCAAAUGAGAAAACUUGAAGCCCCAUUUCAAAUUUCCUGCAUCCAGAGUGAAAGUAGGAAGGACAUUUUGGUCUUCACAAUUACUUUUUUUUUAUUCAAUAAAAAGACACUUACUAGGAUUCGAACCAUAACCACUUUAAAGAAAAGCAAAGAUCAUAACCAAUCACACUAAGUACAUUUGUUGUAUCUUGUUAAAUUAAAAAUAUAUAAUCAUAGAGAGGAAAAAACCGUUCCCCCAUUUCAAAUUCCCUGCUCCAUGAGCUUUUGUAGGAAGGGUAGAAUAGGGAGUGUCAAUUUUUUAUUUCUUUUUCCUCUGUGGAACGGGCCAACUUACCGUACACAUGCGGAUUUAAACGGGUCCAGGAGUGUCAAUUUUUUUCUUUAAGUCCUUUUAUUUCUCCAUGGUGGUAAAAUAUAUAUGAAAAGGCAAAAACAAUACUCCUUUUUAUUGCUAAAAAGAAAAAAAAUUAACAAUAAACUUGUUGGGCAUGUGACUCGGAUCCCGCCGCGCCAAAGAAACACUGACGUCAGAGGAGUGGGGCGCGUUAGCGCCGACGCGACCAGAAAGGCACACCGGCGAGCGCCACCACCAAGAGCGUCAUGCGCAUCAACAGCGACGCGAGCAAGCACACCGGCGAGCGCCAACACCAAGAGAGUCGGGCGCAUCAGCACCGACGUGACCGAAGACAGCCCGAACACCAAACGACGACGUUCGAGUCCAACGUUGACCAAAUUAGCGAGUGUGGGAAAAUGACGCCGCGUUCCACCCAUCUAGUAGUCACAUCAUAGUCCUAGUCCUAGGUAUAAUAAAAGGCUAAAUGUACUUGUCCUAGGUAGAGGUAUGGUCUAGUCUUCUGACAUGUCAGUGGUCAUGUCACCAUGUAACUCACCCACCACCAUGUAGCCUAUAAAUAGAGCAUUUACUCCGGUGGGUGGGGGGAUCGAUUUUUGGAAACUCUAUCUCUAAGAAAAGAACACACUUCUCUCUCUAAAAGUCACUCUCUCAACUCCAUCCUUCCUUUCUUUCCUUCUUUCCUUCUGAAGUUCUGGGCUGAUUCCUGUUGCUCAUUCUCCUCGACCUCCUUUACGUGAAUCUCACUCCUACAUUCAGUUAGGUUCAAACAAUUGGCGCCCACCGUGGGGCUGAGUAAAAAAAGUAGCAGAAAUCCAACCAAUGGUAGAGCCCAACUCCAACUUUCCCGACGAGACAACACCCAUCAAGGCUAUGACAACCCCAAGGGCAUUCGCCGAAGGAAGCAACCUUGACGCGGUGCUCGUUGAGGAAGAAGAGCCCGAGCUGGCAGCCAAGGAAAUAAAACAGCUAAUGGCAAAGCAAAACAGUGUCAUAGCCGACAUGCAAAAACAGAUGAGCCAAGUACUCACGCUCAUGAUGAGCAGAGAAGCCGCGACAGCACCGGAAGCGGCGCCUGUCGUGCUGCAGCAAACACAAGGAGAGGUGUCAGGCGCAGCCCCGCCACCACAACAGGCGGCGGGCGAGUAGUCUGCGACUGAAGCGCAAUGAUUCGAACCACCAAGAAGGGCGGACCUCAGCUUCUUGGAGCAGCAUCUGUCCCUACAAUUCCGUCCUAACCCACACAGGAAAAUCCUACAUCAACUGUUAAGCGCGGAAAUUAUGACGAAGCACCUAAGCGGAAUGCCACCCACCCUCCCAACUUACAACGGGACGAAUGAUCCAGAGGAUCACGUCAGCACCUUCUGCCUGCGGAUGCAACUCUAGACCAACUCUAACGCGACGCUAUGCAGAACCUUCCCAUCAACAUUCUCCGGAAUAUGCCUCAAUUGGUACAACCACCUCCCAAAUGGAAUCAUCCGUUCGUUCGAGGAAUUCAUACUCCUGUUCACAACAAAGUUCGCGUCCCAAA